AUCCCUGACAGGUGAGCCUUUCUGCUCUCACCAUGUGUGUGACAAACCACCACAGAAAAGGGACCGAAUCUUAAAACUUGAUGUACAAUUUUUGGACUCAAGGAACCAGAAGCAUGUCUGCGUUCAACAGCUUAGGCUGAUGAUUUGUUUGCUCAAGUGGUGCAGCAACUCUUGGGAGGAUGACAUCCUGGAUCAGAGGACUCUUGUUGUGUCUCCUGGUUGCCCGGAUCUCUGCGAGCGGAGGAGAAUUUGUCCAGCGGCCCCCGAACGACUCCAUCUUCUCCCUGGCCGAAAAGGAGACGGUCCUGCCCUGCCGCUUCCGGCCGGGAGAAACGGAGUUGGUGGUGCAGGUCACAUGGUACAAGGAGAUCCCAGAGGGCUGGGAGCAGAUCAUCACGGCUCACCACAUUGACGGCCAGACCGCUUUUGGAGCGUGGUCCGGCCAGGUGCGAUUUAACAGCAGCAUCCCUACCGAGGACUCGUCUUUGGUACUCUUCAGCACAGAUGUCUCGCACGAGGGGCGCUACAAGUGUCACAUCAACUCUUACCCAUUUGGAAACUUCGACCAAAUUGUGACCCUCAUGGUCUGGACCAUCCCGAUCUCCUCCCUGGAGCCCGUGAUUCUGGUCGAGGGGCAGUCAUACCGGCAGGCGGCGUCGUGCCGCUCUUUGGCCCGCCCCCCGCCUCAGCUGUCAUGGGACACUGAGCUACACGGUCAGUCUAUCAACCGUUCCUGGGCCAACGGGGCUGUCACCACCUACUUCUCCUUGCACCCUCUGAGAAAAAUGAACGGGAAGAAACUGGAUUGUCUGGUGUGGCAUCCGACUCUCACAACGGGCCCACGCAGGCACCAAAACAAACUGGUCGUACACUUUCCUCCCGAUUCUGAGGUGACGGGCUACAACGGGGACUGGUAUGUGGGCCUGGAGCAUGCAGCCCUGACUUGCACGAGUGGAGGAAACCCUAAACCGCAGCAGUUCACCUGGGCCAGAGAUGGUGAGGCUUUACCCGAGGGUUUGAUCCCUCACCCCAACGGAACCCUGGAGUUCAGGCGGCCCCUCAGCCAAUCAGACAGCGGCACCUACCAGUGCGUGGCGAAGAACGACGUUGGCGUUGGUGUGGCGGAGGUGGAGAUUAUCGUGUCAGAGUUUCCCCUGAGGCAAGCGAUGACGGAGACGAUGACGAUGGUUGUCGUGGGAGUGAUAGCUGCGGCGUUGCUCCUCUUGAUGCUGGUCGUCAUCAUCACCGUCACCUGUCACCACAAGAAAAAGAACAAGAGGCUCAAGAGGGAACUGACCGAGAAGAAGGAGGAAAUAAGCACUCUGUCUUGGCAAGCUUCUUUGAGGAGGAUCAACUCGGUCAGCACAGAUGCCAGAGGAGCGACGGAGGAAAGCAUCCCGCUGAGGGUGGAGGGAACCUUGUCGUCCCUCGGGGAGAUGGCCCCCAGUCGUGAGAGCCAUUCGACGAUCAUGGGUGGGAGGGCAGGAGAAGGGGGAGGGGGUGCGUACGACAAUCUGGGUCGGCCGGUCCUACUCAACUCGCAAAAGGUCAGAGAGAGCUACAUGGACCACGAUGAGCAGGGAACGUUCCUUCCUUGUCGCGUGCCGACACCGUUGCCUAUCAAGUCCACCAGGGAGCAAAAUGAGGAAUGGUCAAGGCCAGGGAGCUCCGUCAGGUCCCUGCGCCACCAUUCCCCGGACUACACCACUCCCUCCACGACGGACAACGACGACGAGGUGGAUGAGGGCCUCGGGGGGCCCGCCAGUCGGGAGCAUCCUGAUGACCAGCAAAGCCAGAGCAGCCGCUCGCAGGUGUCUGAGGUGCAUAGCCAACUCACAAAUAGCACCAAGAGGUUCAAACAGGAGACAGGCCACACUGCUUUGAGCCCGCAUGCCUCCCUGGUGCACAAGGCCCAGAUCGUGUAGGAAGACGCUGUACACAAUUCGCAAAGAAGCAGUUUACGCUUAAAAACUGUAAAGUGUUUAAAGGACAAGUCGGCAACAAACUUGUACUGGACUAGAGAAAAUGCAGAUGGCACAUGAUGAUUUCAGGAUUGUUUGCUGUGCUUCUGUUCCAAAAUAUGUGCCAUAGCAAGAACUCCAAAUUUGGCAAACAUGAAGUAUUAUUCUGUCUCACUCACUCUUGUAUUUUUGUUUCUAUAAUCUUGUGUUUCUUUUUCUUAACACUAUUUGAAUGCAAUUUGACUACAAACCUUUGGGUUUUGGGAUAUGCCCACAUGAAACUUGCUUACUUUAGUAUGUGACUUGUGUUACAAAUAUGUGUUGUAGCUUAACUUAAAAAUUCCCCAACCUUUUGUGUUUUGAAUUCCCCCCUUGUAUACAAUUUGACUAAAAACAGUUUAUUUUGGCCAUACCCACAUUGAAAGGCAAUACAGUAUUGCCUGCAGAAGUUUGUAUUCCUUGUCUUUAGCGCCCUCUGGCGGUGAUAUUGGGAAGUGCACAAGGCGUGACGCGUUACAUCUUAUAAACACUUUUAUACAUGCUGAAUAAUCUUUUGCAUGUUUGGGUAACGGGCGAUUAGCCUCAAGAAUGUAGCCUUGUUUGUGUACCACUUAAAAUUGCACUUUUACGUGUGAUUAUGGUAAAUAUGACGAAAUUGUAUUCAAAGUGCUGUAC